AGAUUAAAAACUAAAUCGAGACCAUGCCAGUGGACCAAGUUAUCAUCUCCUACAUGCGCAGCCGCAACUGGAUCAAUGUCCUGCUGCUCAGGUCGAUGAAUCUGUUCCAGCCCGUCCUUGUGGAGAGUCCCAGCGAGAAGAUAGAGGUCAGUGCCAAUGGGUUCAGCUGGAGCGAACAGAACUUGGAGUACCGCAUCUUGGUGAACGAGUUCUUCGAGAUUGUCACCAAGACGGACGACGGCGAGGUGCCCUAUAGCUUUGUGGAAAUGCAGGGCAACAAUUUGGUCUUCGGCCUCGCCCUCCGGAGGAUCAAGCACCGGGUUCUGGACCAGCGCACCUGCGAUGUGGAACAGGGUGACCUGCUACUGCGCAUCAACCCCUUCACCCCGUGUUGCCUUCACUGCAGCAACUGUGCCAACCUGGUUAUGGAACAGAGGCAGUUCCACCGCAUCCAGGAGGUGGCCAUGACGACCAUGCAGCCGCAGAACUACUUCUGUGCCCGCAACCGUGUGCCCGUGUAUCCCACGGAGGAGGAGCUCUUCUUCGGCCUCAACUACCUGGUGAUCAGUCCCGAUCUGCUGGGCAUCGGGGUGACCACCACCCCCGAUCAUCGUCUCAUCGAGUGCUCCCGCUGCAAGCAGUGCGUCGGCGAAUAUUUGGGUCGGGAUGUGGCUGUGCAGCUCUACGCGGAUGCCCUGCGUCUGGUGUCCGGGGAUUCGCCCUUCGGGUUCGAGGAGAUCUUUGGCCACGUCACUCCCACCCAGUUGAUGAUGCGCCUGCUGCACGACGCCGAGCCCAUUAGUCCGGAAAAGACUCGACUUUUCCUCAAGGCCGUGCGUCCGGAUGGUCAGUUGCAGUACCUGCACUUGCAGGUGGACACCAAACAGGUGCACAUCCUGCGCUCCGAACUGCUGGACACUUCCGAUCUGGACCGAAAGUCGGCUGGCUUGGAUGCCCCUCCCAUGGAGGCGGACACCAGCAGCGAGAGCGACUUCGAGAUGCGUCUGAGUGACACAAGCAGCAGCAGCAUUAAUCCACCAACAGGCGACGACUCCAUGGAUCCACUUGACUCCUCACUUCCGAAACCAAAAGCUGCAGCUCCCCAGAAAUCCGUGCAAUAUAUACAGUUGCGUGGCUUUCGGGGUUGCCGCCUGAAGUAUCUGUUCUCAGGAGAGGAUCAGGAUCUGAUCGAAAACGAGGAUAUCACCACGACGUGGCUCGAUGAGGGUACCCAGGUGCUCCGCAUCUCCUAUGGGAUGAUGGUGGACCUGAUGGGUGAACUAAAUGCCAAUGAGCACCUGGCCGCCGCUCUUGAGAAGGUGUCGCCGCCCAUCAAAUCACGUCAUCCCCGUCUCAGCUAUCUCAUCUACGAGGCCGACGAGGAUUUCUAUGCCAGGCAGGAGCAAAUUACAAAGCUUGCCGGAUAA